AUGAGAAACGGUUUUGGAUCCGAUGCUUUCGUUCAAGCUGCUCUGAUCGAUAUGUAUGGUAAAUGUGGUUCUUUAGAUAUGGCUCUACAAGUUUUCAACCAAAUCCCUUUCAAGAAUCUGGUUUCUUGGAACUCCAUGAUUGCAGGAUAUAGCUUAAAAGGUGAUAGCAAAUCUUGCAUUCAACUUCUAUGGAAGAUGAUCAUACAACAAACUAAACCAAAUUCAACAACUCUAAGCAGUUCACUAAUCGCUUGUUCCAAAUCCUCAAACUUAAAACAUGGUAAGUUCAUCCAUGGCUACAUAACACGAAACAACAUAAACCCCGAUACCUUUAUUCACACCUCACUUGUUGACAUGUACUUCAAAUGUAACAACACUCAAUCAGCUGAAUCCAUCUUCAAGAAAAUGGCAAAAACAAAUGUAGUAGAAUGGAACUCAAUGAUUUCCGGAUACGUAUCCGUAGGCUUGUAUCUUCAAGCUCUUGACAUCUAUAAAGACAUGAAUACAACCCAAGUGAAACCCGAUGUGAUCACAUUUACAAGCAUAUUAGCAGCAUGUACACAGCUUGGAUCACUAGAAAUCGGUAAGGAUAUUCAUAAGUCUAUCAUUUCACACGACUUUGAAUCAAAUGAAAUGGUUAUGGGAGCUGUUCUUGAUAUGUAUGCUAAAUGUGGAGAAGUGGAAAUAGCUCAACAAGUUUUUAGUCGAUUACCUGAGAGAGAUCUUGUUUCUUGGACUACUAUGAUAACAGCUUAUGGGGCACAUGGGCAAGCUUUUAAAUCACUAAAACUCUUCCAAGAUAUGAAGAAAAUGAAUAUAAAACCAGAUAGAGUUGUGUUUUUAGCAGUGAUUUCGGCUUGUAGCCAUGGAGGAUUAAUUGAUAAGGGGUGUUAUUACUUCAACCAAAUGGUUAAUGAUUAUGGGAUUCAACCAAAAGUUGCAGAUUACUCAUGCCUAAUGGAUCUUCUUUGUCGUGGUGGAAGAGUACAUGAUGCUUAUGCUAUUCUACAAAAGACUGAAAGCAUUAGAGAGGAUGUUGAACUUUUGAGCACAUUGUUUUCAGCAUGUAAGUUACAUGGGGAGAUAGAAUUGGGUGAGAAAAUUGCGGGUUUGCUUAUUGAUAAAGAUCCUGAUGAUCCAUCAACGUAUACUGUGUUAGCUAACAUGUAUGCUUCAACCAAGAAAUGGGAUAAGGCAAGAAAAGUGAGGAUGAAGAUGAAAGAGCUUGGAUUGAGAAAGAAUCCUGGGUGUGCUUGGAUUGAAGUUGAUAAAAAGAUUGAAGCUUUUUUGGUGGAAGACAAAUCGAUCCCUCAAGGAGGAAAGGUGUAUGAAUGUUUAUCUGUUCUUGUUGGUCAUAUGAACAUGGAUGAAGUUUUGUUUUAG